GAAGGAGGUGGGAGGGAGAAAGAGUGGACACUUUGUCCUGUUAGUGAAGCUUGCAGUAGGCAGGCAGAUAGCAGCAGAGUAAUAUUAGGGAUGGGUGUUGUGUGUGGCCCUGUCCCAAACCCCACACGAACGCUCUAAAGUCUUGGCAAGUACACUUCGGUUUUCUGUCAUUUAUCAAUAAGCUCUGGAUGUGUUGAGACCUCGAGGUUGUCGGGGCACCAGGCGAGGAACCUGAACGGCUCUACAGUGUCUAUCACUCAGGACCCAUACAUAAAAUCCAGAGCGACAAUGACAGAGGCAAGAAAAAUGGCGAGAGCAAAACUGGUGCUGCUGGGACGAGAGAACUGUGGAAAGACGGCUCUGUGUGUGAGAUUCAUCACCAAGCGCUUCAUUGGGGAGUAUGACCAUAAAAAGGAGGUGACCUACAGGUGCUGCAAAAUAGUGGACAAGGAAGCGACGGACUUGGAGAUUUUAGACACGGUUAAUAAGGAUUGUGUUGGGUCCGGCGCCACUCCUCUCGAGAGUUCUAUUAAAUGGGGCGAUGGCUUUCUGAUCGUGUACUCAGUGACGGACCGCAGCAGCUUUGAGGCUGUUGCACGCCUCAAGAGGCUCAUUGAUCACACCCGACAGAGCCUUGGAAUCCCCACAGUGAUUGUAGCAAAUAAGAAUGACAUGGAGAAUGGACGUGCUGUUAGGACAGAAGAGGGACAGGCUUUGGCCAGAGACCUGAGGUGUAGUUUUUUUGAGCUCUCCGCAGCAGAGAGCUCGUCAGCGGUGGAGGCAGCAUUCAGCCAGCUGAUCCGUGAGGUGCGGGUGGAGUUCCAUCGCCACCUGUUAGCCAUGGACAAGCGUUCACGUGUGCUCCAGAUGCGCCAUGCACUCAAGAAUAAACUCACACGCAGCAAAACCAUGCAAUGGUGAUAUAGGUACGAGGGUGUUCCGCUAUCUAGGUCUACUAAAUACCAGAUCACUACUAGUCCAUCAGUAAGGAAAAUGACUGGACUUAUUUAAUGUCUUGAAAAUGAUACUUAACCGAGUCACUUAACUGAGUGAUGGGAAAUUCCCAUGAAUUUACACAUGUAGUCGCUAGUUUAGUAGGUACCUAACAUACCUUCACCUUAUUCAGUAGAUAAAGGACUUUAGUUAUACAACUACUGACUGUAGCCUAUCUGUAGCCCUUCUCUACCUUCACACCCGGUGGAAAGGGACAACCUCUGACGUUAUUUGAGUGGCGGACCGAUUCUGUGGGAAUUUCAAGGCCACAUGAUAGUCAUUAAAGUGCUAAGUCACUCAAUGUGUCCUCCAAACAGUAAAAAUGAUCAAGCUCGAAUGACUGAAUGAGGGGCGGGAUGUCAAGAUAACAACAGGACAAGAUACAAAUAUGAGCUGCGAGGAAGUUAAAAGACCCCCUGCAGCUGUAUCAGGAGGUUCUGUACCUCACAAUUAAGAGACACAAUCAAUAUGAUUCCUGCCAUCCUGUUGCGGAAGUCUUUUGGAAGGAAAAUACUUGCUCCAGGGAAAUUUCAGGCACCAGAAAGGGAAACAGUGUUCUAAUGAAAUACUGUGUUAGAACUUUUACAGGUCUAUUUGACUGUUUGAGUCCUCUCUUUUUGUGUGUUGGUGAGAGGAAAUGUCAGGUGGAAUACAUUUUGUAGCAGUUAUGCUGCUUGAUUUGCUAUAAAUCUGGGAAAAGGGCUACUCUUAUUACAUCCUUUGAAAGCCUCGUAUACUGUGUAUAUGUGUGGCGGUCUGGGAGAACCCUUUGGAUUCCAUUGUGAUUGAAUUCUGUUGGAAGAAAAGAAAAAAAUUGAUUUGUGGGGGGGAAAUUGGAUUUUUCUGCCUUUAGCAGACUUUGACACCUACAGUGUAAGAAACCACAAAUAUAUAUUUCACAAAAAAAUUAGGUGGAAAUGUUUUAUUGACUUUUCAGUCUUGCUUAGGCUACCUUCAUGCAAAGAUCAUGUUUGGUACGGAGCCAGUUUAACAAACACUGCCUGUGUAAAGAUGUCUGUUCCUCAAGUUGUUGCAUAGCUACAUGCCAUAGCUAAAACUUUAUUAAUGUUGCGUGAUCAGUGUCCAUGAUGGGAAAAAAAACCUUCUUGAUCUGAAAAGUUCUGCAAGGCCUGUUUUAUCAGUAGCCAGAGAUGCCUUAAAGUGCACAUAUUAUGCGUUUUCAGAUAUUACCCUGCAUGUAGUGUGUUAUAAUAGCUGGUUGUGAAUGUAAAAAGUCUGCAAAGUUUAAAAAAUCAAAGCGCACGACAAACGGAGUUAUUGACUCCCAAAAGAGGAACCGAUUCUGAACAGCUGAAACGAGUCGUUAGUAACUCCAGACUUACUUCCUGUACUAACCUAUGUAGGUUUGUAACAAAAACCCCCGCCUCUGUUCUUCACUGGCUGCUCGCUGACAGCGGUAGACCAAUCACAACAGACUGGGACAUCUGACCAAUCAGAGCAGAGUAUGCUGCAGUUUAAAUUAUGAGCACAUUAAAGUGUUUUUUGACCUUAGAUGCAUGUAAAUCUAUUGUAUGAAAGCUUUAAAACAAAAUUAUGCACGUUUCAAAACCAUAAUAGGUGCUCUUUAAAACUGUAGAGAUGACAUGGCUAAGGCUUUACUUUACACCUUAGUAAAGUUUGCUAUACAGCAAGGAAACUGUGAACCAGAUUUUUAAAAAAUUAAUUAAUUUGGUCCAAAGCAUAGCUCAUAGUUUAAUUGUUUAUUGUGUGGUCAAUGAUUUCAUCAAUGACACUGAGGGAUAAAAAUGUCUUUUGAGAGAAAGAGAGAAACGUAGGGAAGACUAUUCUUUGCUAGCUGAAAGUCAUUUGCUCCUCUGCAAGAUAUGUACUUUAUUUAGUCUAAGACAUAUGUUUGAGAGAUUUAUGUUUUAUAUUAUUCCACAUCUGUUUAUUUGUGUUCUAGCUGCAUCAGAUUGUUCUGCUGGAAACGUCUUUGAAUAAAGCUUACAAGGCAAUUUU